UUAAACGUCAGAACGGCAUGUCAAUAGUUCCACCAGUUCGAUUCACAUAUUGUUUGGUUGACGCUUUUCGAUCUGUCAGUGAAAUAUACACCGAAAAGCUCGCUUUUGUUAACUAAAAAUUUUGCGAUUGUGUUGCAUAUCGAGUCAAAUAAUGAAAAAGUGAAAGUCUCUGUUUAUAAGAACUGUGUCUGUCUUCAUUUUUUGGAUUAAAGAUUUCAGUCAAGCUUUUUAUAUUACUACGGAGAACAGUGAAUCUCAAGACUGCAUGUACAUUUACUGUGGGGUUUAGGAAACUUCACCGACAGCCUAUACUAUUUUUUUGCGAUCCAAAUUGAACCAACCGGUUUAAAAGAUUAUAGCUGAUGCCAAGAUGUUUCGUUCGAGUACAGGAAACAGAAAUGCUCAGCUAUCAAAGAAUGUUCUAGAAAUGAAGUUUAUGCAACGCACAAAGGAGAAGUAUGAAAAAGAUCAGUUCGAAGCAAAACAACGAGCUCUAUUCAGCACGAGUCUCACUCAGAAGCUUGAGGGGAAACAAGCCACGCAGAAACGUUUCAUUCACGAACGAAGUUUCGUCCCUUGCGCAGACUUGGUAGCUGGCAGAAUGUCUUUCAAAGGCCGCAACCCCUUGAUAGAGAAACUUACUGCACAAGAGGAGACCGAAGAUCCCCAUUUCGGCGAAAUGGGCGGAAUAGACGAUGUGGAAUUUGCAGAAAGGUACUCGAGCACAGUGGAUACUAUGAGUAAAAAAUUUAUACGAAAACGAGACCGUUCGCAAGCAUCCAUAGAGAAGGCUUCAGAAAAGAAGAAAUUAAAAAAACCACGGAUAGAUGAUAACUAAACAAGUCUGUUUUUUCGUUUCCAACGCAGUUAUCAUAUGUAUAUAACGUUAGAGUAAGCUUAACAUAUAUCAUAUGCGCGAUUGUGAGCGAACAAUCGACACCGAUAUAAAUUUUAAAUAAAUAUCGGUCAUGACGCGCCUCACAUACUUAUCAAUCCUAAAAACACAGGGUUCGGUUACCAUCUUUGCACUGCAAAUGAUGUGCAGAGCUUUUGAAAUAUACGAUAUUAUAUACAGUUAUACUUCAAACACAGUUUAUGGUUGACUCUCUUUAGUCCUUUUAGUAUUGUCAAACUCUAGCCUAAGUUUGAUCUGGUUCUCAACUGAAUUAAUAAUAGAUCAACAGAGCUUCUGUGAUUACAGAAAGAGUAAUCAAGCAAGCGUGUGCUGUCAUUCUUCAGAAGCCAAAGAUGAGUUUGAAGAUUUGCGUGGAAUGAUGCGUUAGGCUAUAAAGCAAAAUAAAACGUGUCAAAGGAUUAGAUAGUACUAAAUGUACAGAAGAAAAAUGUAUGCCACGGUUCUUGCAACUGGGUUUCAAGUUAAUCACCCUUCUACUCAUAAGAAUAUUGCUCGUCUUUUUUCUAAGGAAGUGAAUGAUAUGCUUUGGUUCACAUGUUGAUUACAAACUGGGAUAAUCAGCUCGCCGUCCUGUCAUUUUAGGAUUCCCGUUUCCUGGUUACAAAUCUCUCAUUACUUAUAGCAUUUUUUUAGAGAAGUACACAUGUAUGUUUUAGAUACAUGGUGCACAUCUAAAGUUGAAAAAAAUCUAAGACUACAUUUAAAUAAAAACAAAUGUUUCAACGAAAUUCUUUGCAUGUGUCAAUAGUUCCAUUCCUGACGGUGCCACUUAUUUAAUAGAGACACAAUUAACCGCGACUACAGACUCUGUUCAGGACUUAAACUAUUCACUAAUUAUUUUCGAAGAGUAUUCGCUCUUUAACCCGCAAAUAACUUUCUAUUAAUAACAACGCAAUGUUCGUAGGUGCAAACUUAGGUUCCUUUCAAAAAAUUAUGCUUCAUAAUAAAAAUUCCAGAAAAAUUCAGUUUU